AUGGCCCCCAAAUACAUCGACGCCAAGGUCCGGCCGCUCGCCAACAACACGGGCCUCGAAAAGGCCAGCCUCCAAGGCGCCGCCCGCGUCUACGUCACCAAGGAUGCCUUCCUCGCCCUCACCUCUAGCAGCCUCGACAGCCGCGUGUGCCUCGUCGAGAAACUAGCCGCGCCUCCGAGCUCUGCCGCUGGCGCGGGCGCGGGCGCCGAUGAGGGCAGCGCGCCGCCGCUGCCGCCGAAGCGCGAGGCCCUCCUCUGUGCGCAUCCCCAGGGCAUGAGCGCCAACGUCGUACAGAUGACGCGCGCUUUCCUCGACGCUUCGGGUUUCAAGGUUGGUGACCAGGUGAGGAUCGUGCUGGCCGAGAACCCCGCCGCGGCGGACGCCGAGGAGGUAAUUGUCGAGGAUGCAUCCACAGAUGAGGAUAAGCUAUCGGCCGAGGCAAGACAGUCUCCCAGCUGGAAGUUGUCUUGGGAAUUCUCCCUCGGAGUGUCCAUGAGUCGCGCUGAGCAAGUCUUCCCUGGCAUGGUCUUUGAGGGCGUCAACGUAAACAAGUUCCGUCGCAAUUUCAAGGUCGUGUCCGUCAACUCUCAGACCACCAACCUCGCUAGGUUCAGGCUCGCCUCCAGUGCUGUGCGCAUCGUCCAGCCUGGUGAGUCUCUCGUCACGGACAUUACACCGGCCGCGCCGGGAGGCGACCUGAUCGUCACGGGCGUGCCCGGCCUGACGUCCCAGGUCAGCACACUCAACAAGUUCUUACGGGGUUUCACUCGGCCAUUUUGGGUCAGGGACGAGCGCGAGUCGUGCGGCAUAGUCAUCCACGGUGGCCGCGGGACCGGCAAGACCUUCAUUCUGCGGCGCGUCGAGGAGACCAACUGGGGCCGCGCCUACUGGAUCAAGCCCUCGGACAAGCUCUCGACCCUGCGCGAGACGUUCAAGCAGGCGUAUGCCUCACAACCCAGCGUCAUCUUCAUCGACGGGCUUGACAAGAUCACCGCUAAGGACAGGACGAACCGCGAGUCCGUCAUCGACACCCUCGGCGAGGAGCUUGAUGCCCUGUCGGUUCAUGCGCACUCCAGCGGCGCGCUUCCGCAGGUUGUCGUUAUUGCUACCUGCCAAGACUGGAUGAACGACGUGCCCGAGCCGCUGCAGAAGCGCUCCCGAUUUCGCAAGAACAUUGCGCUCCCCAUCCCCCGCGCCUCCGAGCGCCUCGAGAUCCUCAACUUCCUUGACCCGCCGCUGCGCCCGGAGGACAAGGAGCGAUGCCUGCUCAGCAUCUCGCAGAAGACGCACGCCUACAACGGCGAUGAUCUUGCCAAUCUCGUCCUCAACGCUAAGGAAAUCCUCGGCACCCGGCUCGACGAGGAGCAUGCCCAGUCAAAUCACCAUGAUGAGUCGGAUGACCGCGUCGCUACUGGCGCAGAUGGGGCCGACCGGAAGCAGAAGCAGCACCAGAACUACCUUACACCAGACGACAUGGAGGCGGCUCUGCGCGUCACCCGUCCCACGGCCAUGCACGACAUCAACCUCAAGCCACCGACUAUCCACUGGAAGGACGUCGGCGGGCAGGAAUCCCUCAAGCGCGUGCUGAGACGCAUGAUCAAGAACACAAAGAACUCGAACCCAGCGUCGGCGCGCGUCCUGCGUCACCCGCCCAAGGGUCUGCUCCUCUACGGACCACCCGGCUGCUCCAAGACGCUCUCGGCGCAAGCCAUGGCCACCGAGUCGGGCUUCAACUUCUUCGCCGUCAAAGGCGCCGAGCUGCUCAACAUGUACGUAGGCGAGUCGGAGCGCGCAGUCCGCACCCUCUUCGAGCGCGCCCGCGCCGCCAGCCCGUCCAUCAUCUUCUUCGACGAGAUCGACUCCAUCGGUGGGCAGCGCGCCGGCGGUGCUGGCGGAGGCUCAGCGUCGGCCUCACGCAGCACCGGCGCCGUCAACAUGCUCACCACACUGCUCACCGAGAUGGACGGCUUCGAGUCCCUGACGGGCGUCCUUGUACUCGCCGCCACCAACCGCCCCGAGGCCAUCGACCCGGCGCUUCUCCGCCCGGGCCGCUUCGACCAAGUCCUCUACGUCGGCGCCCCCGACCGCGCCGCCCGAGAGGCCGUCUUCGCCGUCCACCUGCGCGGCCUGGCCCUCGCCGCGGACGUCGACGUGCCUGAACUCGCGCGCCUCGCCGACGGCUACUCGGGCGCCGAGAUCAAAGCCAUCUGUAACGAGGCCGGCCUCGCGGUCCUAGACCGCUUCGACGAUGAGGAGGAUCAGGAGCAGCAGCAGCCAGAUGGGGACGCGACUCCUGCCAAGCUGGAGAUUGGCAUGGCCGACCUCGUGGCUGCCAUUGACAGGACACCGAGGAACAUUACCGCCGAGAUGGUGGACGGAUACGAGGAUUGGAGGAGGCAGUUCAAGAGGUUGAUAUAA